CAUAACCAUAAUUACCACAAGUGAUUAACACACAUAUAAACCCAACCCCCUCCUCUGACUAUUCCCAAAUCACAAACAGAAAACCCACUUGGAGAAGAAACCCAUGAAAUUCGGAAAAGAGUUCACGAACCACUUGGAGGAGACAAUCCCGGAGUGGAGGGACAAGUUCCUCUGCUACAAGCUCCUCAAGAAGCUCCUCAAGCGCCUCCCCGCCUCCGCCGUCGAUGCUCUGCCUCACCCCUUUCAUUUCGAUCGACGCCUCUCCGAUGCCAACGCUUCUGGUGGUGGGGCCGGCCCCGACCGGCCCUUGGGGGACUUACAGGAUUGGUUUGUGGGGAUUCUCAAUGACGAGCUUGAGAAGCUCAAUGACUUCUACGUUGAUAAAGAGGAGGACUUCAUUAUUCGCUUCCAGGAGCUGAAGGGAAGAAUCGAGGUAGUUAAAGAAAAGAGCAGCAGAGGCGGAGUGUUUACCUCGGAGAGUGAGUUUAGUGAGGAAGUGAUGGACAUUCGUAAGGACUUCGUCACCAUUCAUGGGGAGAUGGUGCUUCUCAAAAACUAUAGCUCACUAAAUUUUGCAGGGCUAGUCAAAAUUCUAAAGAAGUAUGAUAAACGAACUGGAGGAUUGUUGCGACUACCUUUCACACAACAUGCUCUACGAGCGCCUUUCUUUACAACACAACCUCUCACGAUGCUCGUUCGUGAAUGCGAGGCAAAUCUUGAGCUUCUCUUCCCAUUGGAAGCAGAAGUCGUUGAAUCUACUCCAAACAUGCAAGACAAGUCCAACCCACAACUGAACAGUUCGGGAACUGUUGCUGUUGAUACGCCUUCAAACCAGGAGGCAAGUGUGGAUAUAUACCGUGGAACAAUUGCUGCAAUGAAAGCCAUACAAGGCCUUCAAAGAGCAAGCUCGACUUGGAAUCCUUGGUCAUUUUCAAAUCACAUUAGGAAUCAGGAUGAUGGGAGUACUGGUGCUGUCACAGCUGAGAACUCUGCUUCAAACUCUGUAACUACCUUGCACAGUGAAGAGGAGGCUGAUGACGAGGAUAACCAGUCUGUUUAAUAGAUUAUCUUAUCAGAUGAUGUUGUACAUUCUACUUCACUUGUUGAGUCGUAACAUAUCGAAAUAUGUUUUGGCAGGCUCUGAAUUGGCUAAUGCUAUGCCUUAAUUACAAAAGUUUUGGUUUAGAAGAUUUCAUCGUUACAGUUGAUGUUGUAAUAAUUUAAAUUUAGAUAUAAAAUUUUGAUAGAAAAGAGUGGUA